AUGUCCGACCUUAUUCCUUAUAUAAUAUGGGAAAAGCAAGAAGGUUAUUUAUGUGCCCAACAUUGUAUUAAUUCCCUUCUUCAAGGUAAUUAUUUUAGUGCCAUUUUCGUGGUCUUUCUAAGUAACUUUCCUGAUUUAGGAUUUAUUCGUUCAACAGGAGAAUACUUUACAGCA